GCUUAGUAGUAGUGGGCGGCAAGUGCCUAAUUUCACACUGCUUUGCUUGCUCACUAUCUUCUUUUUCUCUAUUUCUUCUUCUUUUUCUGUCUGUAUCGAUUGUUUGACUCAUUUGUUAGAUACGCAUUUGAGCUUACGAGCUAAAGAAAGCUAUGGCUGCUCCAAAACCUGAAGAGAUUAGUCAUCCACCAAUGGAUCAGCUUCAAGGCUUAGAGUACUGUAUCGACUCCAACCCGUCUUGGGGAGAGGCUAUAGCUUUGGGAUUUCAGCAUUACAUUUUGGCUCUAGGGACUGCUGUUAUGAUCCCUUCGUUUCUUGUUAAUUUGAUGGGAGGCACUGAUGGUGACAAAGUUAGGGUGGUACAGACACUUCUCUUUGUGGAAGGGAUUAAUACACUUCUACAAACACUGUUUGGAACCAGGCUACCAACUGUAAUUGGAGGGUCCUAUGCGUUUAUGGUUCCAAUAAUAUCAAUAAUUCAUGAUCCAUCGUUGGCGAGUAUUGAGGAUGAUCACGUGCGGUUUCUUAACACAAUGAGAGCAGUGCAAGGUGCUCUAAUAGUGGCAUCAAGUGUACAAAUCAUUCUUGGAUACAGCCAACUGUGGGCCAUCUGUUCCAGGUUCUUUAGUCCCCUUGGAAUGGUUCCAGUUAUUGCUUUGGUGGGUUUUGGCCUGUUUGAUAGAGGCUUCCCUGUGGUUGGAAGGUGUGUGGAAAUUGGCAUUCCUAUGCUAAUACUGUUUAUUGCCUUGUCACAGUACUUGAAGAAUUUUCUGACAAGACAAUUGCCAAUAAUGGAGAGGUUUGCUCUCCUGAUAUCCAUCACAGUAAUAUGGGCAUAUGCACACCUCCUGACAGCCAGUGGGGCAUAUAAACAUCGUCCAGAAGUAACCCAAUUUAAUUGUCGAACCGAUAGGGCCAACCUGAUUUCUACUGCUCCAUGGAUAAAAAUACCAUAUCCUCUUCAGUGGGGUGCUCCUACAUUUGAUGCUGGUCAUGCUUUUGGGAUGAUGGCUGCUGUUUUAGUCUCAUUAAUUGAGUCAACUGGAGCAUACAAGGCUGCAUCACGUCUAGCAAGUGCAACACCGCCUCCGGCUCAUGUACUUAGCCGAGGUAUAGGUUGGCAGGGAAUAGGGAUCCUACUGGAUGGUCUCUUUGGAACUCUUACUGGUUCUACAGUCUCUGUAGAAAACGUGGGGCUACUUGGAAGCACUCGUGUUGGAAGCCGUAGGGUCAUUCAAAUCUCAGCUGGCUUUAUGAUAUUCUUCUCAAUAUUAGGAAAAUUUGGAGCUUUGUUUGCGUCAAUCCCCUUCACAAUAUUUGCUGCUGUGUACUGUGUUUUGUUUGGACUUGUUGCAUCUGUCGGGCUGUCAUUUUUGCAAUUCACAAACAUGAACUCAAUGAGGAACCUCUUCAUUGUUGGUGUUGCCCUCUUCUUGGGUUUGUCUAUUCCUGAAUAUUUCCGUGAAUACACUUUGAAGGCUCUUCACGGCCCUGCUCACUCCAAGGCUGGAUGGUUCAAUGAUUUCCUAAAUACCAUAUUCUUCUCAUCGCCAACUGUUGCACUGAUUGUCGCGGUUUUCCUAGACAACACUCUUGACUACAAGGACAGUGCCAGAGACAGAGGCAUGCCAUGGUGGGUAAAAUUCCGGACAUUCGAAGGAGACACACGAAAUGAGGAGUUCUACACCCUCCCUUUCAAUCUCAACCGUUUCUUCCCUCCAUCAUAAAGUAAUGCAAUUACAAGAGACAGAUGUGAGAUGAAGAGCAUCAUCUCCAGAUAAGGGAUAUAUGAUUUAUCCAACCAUCUGAAUCUGCAGAGAAGAGGGAAACAGAGAUCCAUAUGUUUUUGCAUGGCAGAGAAAUGACAACUCCGUUUUCUCUUCCUUCUUUUUCAUCCUUGUGUGUAAAUUUUACUCGGGUUAUUUGAGUUUAAUCCAAUAAUAUUAUUCUUUUUGUCA